AGACAGUUUGCCUCGCGCGCUCCUGGAUUCAAGCACAGAGCAGAGCAGACGCUCGCUACUUGAAAUGAUAGAACGAUAUCGGACAAACGUAAUCCAUGAAGAUAAAGGAGAUUUUUAUCGCAGUAAAUAAACACACCAGGACAAUGCGGCUAUGCAUAGGUAUCGCAGCCGCGUUGACUAUUCUUAUUCCUGUGAUAUACCAAGCCAUACCGAACGAGCACAAGUACAAGCCUGUGCGUUUGCUCUAUGAUGACGCUUUCUUAAGAAUGGAAGGUAUGAGGAAUCGCACACCCGCCUGGACGGCUUUCCGAGACAAGACCUUCGAGCCACUUCUUGAGGCUUUCCGGAAGGUGGCGCAUAACUCUACGGGUCCAACGCCAGCUUUCAGGAGCGGUGCCAUCCCGAAGUUCCUGCUGUGGUCGGAGCCCUUCAUUGCCAACUUCUGGAUGGCCCAGACCGAGGACGUGCGCAAAGGGCGAUGUCCGCUUCCUUGCGAGGUCACUUUCGACCAAAAGGAGGUAAGGAGCGCGGACGCCGUGCUCAUUUACAUCCGGUUUUUGCCGAAGCGGCCCCUGCAGCUGCCGGCGCUCGAGCCCCGCGACCCCCGGCAGCCCUGGAUCGCGCUCAGCUUCGAGGCGCCUCCGAGAGCCAACAAAAACUUCUACGACGACUUCCACCUCCUCAACGGCGCCUUCAACCGCACCAUGCUUUACCGGCGCGACGCUGAUGUGGUCGUGCCACACGGCUUCGUAGUCGGGCGCGGCGAGGAGGCCGACCUUCUGCCGGAGAUAUGGCAUGGCCCGCCUAUCUCUAAGAUCCCCUCCCGUGAGCGCAAAAUUGCGGUCGCUUUUAUUUCAAACUGCAAAGCUGAAAGCGGCCGCUUGGAAUAUACACGUAGUGUGCAACAAUACAUUUCUGUGGACAUUUAUGGAAAGUGCGGCCCCCUCAAGUGCGGCCACUCAAUGUACGUCCAACACAGGUACAGCCCCAUCACAGACAAGUGCCUAAUGAAUGCCGGCAUGAAGUACCUCUUUUACUUCGCCUUCGAAAACUCUUUGUGUAAUGAUUACGUCACAGAAAAACUUUACAACAUACUAUACUAUCCCAUAGUGCCAGUGGUUCUCGGGGCAGCUAAUUAUUCCACUCUGCUUCCACCCAAUUCAUUCAUCGACGCUCGGAGGUUCUCGCCCGUACAGCUAGCGACUUUGCUCCGCCGUCUGUCGCAGUCGCCAAAGGAGUACCAGAAGUACCACGAGUGGCGCCAGCAUUACCACGUAUCUCUGUGGGGGGGACAAAGAACCUUGUGCCACCUGUGCGUCCGCCUGCACGACCCCACCUUCUACAGCACCCAUGUCGUCCACGAUUUCCAGCGUUGGUUUGUUAAUGAAUCUCAGUGCGGGUGGAAGUAACAGAGCGCCAGGUUGCUUUGUCGAUUUUUUGACGGAUUACAUUCUUAGCGCAGGUUGUCAGUUCUGUUGCUGGCGAAGAUGGACUUACCAUACACUUUAUAUGCUUGUGAGUGUAUACAUUAUACAUAAAUACAUACAAGCUACAGAGACAGACAGGCACGCAAACAGACGGAAACAGACAGACAGUCAGACAAACAAACAGACGGAAAGACAGACAAAGACAGAUGGCCGGUUUGUUAAAAUUACGAGGCCCGACCUCAUGAAUACUCAUGGGCGUGUAUAUACACGGAAAUAAAUGCUUACACAUCUG